AUGGCCGCCAAGGGCUUCGCGUCGCGCCUCAGGGGCUCGCGGCGGUUUCUGAAUGGCUUCCUGGCCGGGGCUGUGGUGGGCGCGGCGGGAGCAGGGCUGACGGCGCUGCAGCUCCUCCGGCGUCGGGACGCGGGGCCCGCGUGGCCGGCGACGCAGCCGCACGUAUCUGCAGAAAAAGUUGUCUUGGAACAGUUUGGAUUUCCUUUAAGCGGAACAGAGACCAGGCAUUACACUAACCAUGCCUUGUCUUAUGAUCAGGCAAAACGGGUACCCAGAUGGGUUCUUGAACAUAUAUCCAAGGACAAGAUCAUAGGUGACGCGGACAGAAAACACUGUAAAUUCAAGCCUGACCCCAGUGUUCCUUCAGCCUUCAGUGCCCUCAAUGAGGACUAUGUUGGAAGUGGCUGGUCACGAGGACACAUGGCCCCAGCGGGGAAUAACAAGUUCUCCAGUAAAGCCAUGGCAGAAACCUUUUACCUUUCCAAUAUUGUGCCUCAGAAUUUUGAUAAUAACUCUGGCUAUUGGAAUAGAAUAGAAAUGUAUUGUCGUGAGCUGACGGAGAGAUUUGAAGAUGUUUGGAUAGUUUCAGGACCGUUAACCUUACCUCAUACUAGAGACGACGGAACGAAAACAGUUAGUUACCAGGUGAUUGGCGAAGACAACGUGGCAGUCCCCUCACACCUUUACAAGGUGAUCUUGGCUCGCAGAAGCCGGGAAUCUACUGAACCACUGGCACUGGGGGCCUUUGUGGUGCCAAAUAAAGCCAUCGGGUUCCAGUCCCAGUUACCUGAGUUCCAGGUGAGCCUCCAGGACCUAGAGAAGAUGUCAGGUCUGGUGUUUUUCCCACAUCUGGAUAGAACCAGGGACAUGGAGAAUAUCUGCUCUGUGGACACUUGUAAGCUCCUGGGUUUCAAGGAGUUCACUCUGUAUCUGAGCACGAGGAAGAUCGACGGAGCCCGCUCUGUGGCCAGACUGGAGAAGGUCCUGGAAGCUUUGAAGAGCUCAGGGGUGGAGCCUGACGAUUACUUCCUGAGUCGCUAUGGGAAGAAGCUAGAGGAACUGAAAGCUAAGGAGCAGACAGACACUCAACUGGAAAAGCUGUCCUAGUGUCGUCUGGUGUGCACUGAGCACCUGUGGAGAAUGCCAUGCCCUCUCCAGGCAGGUGUAUUUUAGAAGAUUUAUUUUCAAGAAAUGAUGGAAUCCUGACUAAAAAUCCUUUCAAAGACUCACUAGCUCAAAAUUCAGUGAUGUUUUCUUUUGCUAGGAUCUGAGUUAGCUGAGAUGGCUUUUAGAAUUCCUCUCUUAUCCUGUCCAAAUACAUUAUGACUUACUACUUGAUUCUUCUCUCCUGACCCUGAUGUCCUCCUUUCUGUCUGUUGGAGCACCUGACUUUUGCUUUCCCUACUGCAUUCUGUGUGCUGUGCAAACCUAGUGCUGUGCUUGUCUGUCAGUGAUCCUCUGUGCAAAAUCCCACUGUUCCCUUUUUACCUGUGGGGAAGGUGAGACUUACAGAACUUUAUACCGUCCCCAUUCAUGUUCUAUAGAAGUCACCCAGUGCUCCUCAGUGUUAAGACAAGGCCAGAAGGCGGCUUGACCCAAGUAUGUACCUAUAUCCAUGGCUAUUUCUGCUUCCAAGGUCUGAUGGCUGAGAAGGGUCUGGCCUCCUAAGCAAGAAUGAGUGCCUUAUUCUAUGGGAAGAAACAUAGCAGGUCUUUGAAAGAUGGAGUUGCUUUGUGGGUUUUACCAGAGCCUGUGGGCCCCUCCAGGGAUCGUGUGGUGCCAGAUUCUUGCCUCACUAGGGGCUUUCUGAAGGAGCCAAGAAAGGUGUGUGCUGAGAAUCACCAUGUACCUGCUGUCUGCCAAGCCAGCACACCACAGGAAGGUAGAACCUGGGCCCACAGUCUAAACCAGCUCCUUCCCUGUGUGUGUGUUGGGGUGGAAGGAACACCUUUCUGUGCUGAUCUCGGGACUCCUUUACACAGAUCUUGAGCUGUCCUAAGUAUGCAGAGUCAGCAGCUUCCAGGCAGAAGAACUUGUCUGAAUCUGUCACUCCACCCCUGUCUUUCCACGCACUAAGAACAAUCUUUGUGGCAUUGUGUUUGCCUCUGAUAGAAAUGCUAUGGCUUUACAAUAAAGAAGAAGACAAU